AUGGCAACUGUUCCACUAGCGAACGUAACAACGAUUGAACAGUUAAGUGUUAGCAAUCCAUCGUAUACGUCGGAUCCAAAUGAUCCAUCUGACAAACCUAUUGAGGACGACGAUAUUCUUCCACCAAUGGCAUUCAAUCGGCAAACUCGACCACAAUCAGCUCGAACGACUCGUUCAACAACAAGUCGUUCAUCGGUGAAUAACCUUGACGGACGUAUUGCAUGUCAUGACUUUCAUGCGUCAAGGUAUUUCUCAUAUCGGGAUCAAGGAUUUGAAAAGGCAAUUUUUAAUAUUCAAAAAGGAUAUUUUCCUAAUCUUGAAUUUACACCCGAAUAUCGAGAUGGUCUUAUGAAACGAUCUUGGCUAUUAAUUGAUAUUGAUCAUUGGAAUUUACAUCGUGAAGUUAUUGUUAUUUUGAUGGAGAAUCAUGUCUUAAUUGUUCGUUAUAAUUUUAUUCGAGAACGAGUUAUCUAUUCACAAGCUAUUCUUUUUGAUGAUAUCAGUGCAGUUACGUUUGGUCCAUGUUCCUAUCCAGAUAAAUCUCUUAUGGGUGAAUAUUUAUAUGGAGGAAUUAAAAUUACUCAUGGAGCUGCACCAUCAUUUUUUACACGUUGGAGUCCGACUGCUCAAACGAACGUACAUAUAUUCGUAUCACAUCAUUUAGCUUAUAAUGAAAAAGAACGUGAAACAGUUUAUUACAAUUGUGAUGAAUUUAUACAAUCGCUUGAUAUGGCAUUAACUGCAUAUCGUCGAGCAAAAAGUCUAGAACCAAUUGGUUUUGUCGAAGAUAAAAUUAUUAUUCCGAGUUAUGCAAAUGUUUGGUCUGUUUUAUUUAAUCAAAAUUAUUUCGGGUUCAACCGUGAUCGAAAUGGAGCUAAAUGGUAA